AUGGUGGAACCAGGGGAACCCGACGGACUCCUCACCGAUGAAGAACGCGAGCUCAUGGUGACCGCCCUCGGCAUCGAAGCUUAUGGGGGCCAGCCUGAUCAACCCAGUUCAAGCAGCUCCCAGGCCUCCGAAAUGCCUCCUCCUGCCGGGGGCGGCCGUCAACUGGUGCCAAACUCCCCGGUUCCCAUGGCCCUUCUGAACAGCCCCCUUGGGCCGCCCGCUUCGAUCACGUAUCCCCAGCAGGUGCUUGAUAGCCUCUACAGCGACGCAAGCGGGCUAAAUAUCCCUUCUGACAAUAGCUUCUUCCCAGGCAGCCAUGCUGAUAUCAACAACUUCUUGCCUCCUGGCGUAUAUUCAAUUUCAACCCAUGGUUUACCUGCCUCAUGCAACAUGCCUUGUGGAAGACCCGACUCCGGACUCUCACAACCUUCCGGAGCGCCCCAAGGAACGCCAUACGAAGCUGCUGGAAGCGUCCCUCUUUCCUUUCAAAGCCCUCUCAACAACACCUUCCGUAACGCCAUUAGCAAUCCGUUACACUUGAAUCCGGCUUUCGACCCCCACCCUUCAGAACUGGAUCUCUUCGUUCAGACAGAAGCACAAGCACAGAUGAACACUUCCAAGGAUCUUUACUCAGAGGAAAUUCGGGAGACGAGCCUCAGCGUGCCUUCCUCGACAUACUUUGAGAGCCUCAUGGGUGACAGUGUGCCCGAGGCUGAUAGUGUCACUCGACAAAGCGAAAUUCGCGCCAUUCUCAACAAGGACAAGGUCCCGGUGGCCACUGAAAGGGACGAUGCAUCGGAAAGGGGCAAAAAGAUCAGAAAGAGAAAAAUGAACAAGCUUGAGCCUGGCCAAAAGCGCCGUGCCCCUAAGAUGCAUUCUAAGAUGCCCGAGUGGGAGAAGGAGCAAAUCGAUGCGGCCAAUGCGGAUAUUGACAGGCAAGUCAAGGAAUGGAACAAGAAGAAGAAUAAUGAGUCUGCCAAGCGCGGAAGGCAGCGACGCCAGAACAGAGUGAACCGGCUGACGGAGGAUCUCGCCCAAGCACAGGCCGAGCGCAACUUUUGGAAGGCGAGGGCCGUGAACCAGGGCGCCAGCGAGGAGGAGUGGGACGCAGUGCCCGAGGGCCUUAGGGAUGAUCUUGUUGCGGACUUCCGCAUCGACCCCGAUGAUCUGCUGCUGCCUCCCGAGGAUGACUUUUAG